GCCGGGCGGGCGCCCCCGCGGUGGCGGCUGCCUGGGCUGAGCUCGCCGCCAUGGCCGCGCCGGGCGCCGGGGCGUCGGGCUCCGGGGGGCCGUGCCCGCUGUGGACGGCGCUGUACGACUACGAGGCGAGCGGCGAGGACGAGCUGAGCCUGCGGCGGGGAGACGUGGUGGAGGUGCUGUCGCAGGAUGCGGCCGUGUCCGGCGACGAUGGGUGGUGGGCGGGCAAGAUCCGGCAGCGGCUCGGCAUCUUCCCCGCCAACUACGUGACCCGGCAGCCCCGCGGAACGGCGGGUGACGAGCCGGCGGGCAGCCUGACCGAGAUCGACUUCCAGCACCUGGAGCUGCAAGAAAUCAUCGGCGUGGGGGGGUUCGGCAAGGUGUACCGCGCAACCUGGCGCGGCCGGGAGGUGGCCGUGAAGGCGGCGCGGCAGGACCCAGACGAGGACAUCACGGCCACUGCCGAGAGCGUGCGGCAGGAGGCCAAGCUGUUCGCCAUGCUACGGCACCCCAACAUCAUCGCCCUGCACGGGGUCUGCCUGCGGGAGCCCAACCUCUGCCUCGUCAUGGAGUUCGCCCGCGGCGGUUCCCUCAACCGGGCCCUGGCCGCCGCCGCCUCCUCGUCCGCCGCCGUACCCGGGGGCCGCCGCAUCCCCCCGCACGUCCUGGUGAACUGGGCAGUGCAGAUCGCCCGCGGCAUGCUCUACCUGCACGACCAGGCCAUCGUCCCCAUCCUGCACCGCGACCUCAAGUCCAGCAACAUUUUGUUGCUAGAGAAGAUGGAACAUGAUGACAUUUGCAAUAAAACUUUGAAGAUUACAGAUUUUGGUCUGGCUAGAGAAUGGCACAGAACAACCAAAAUGAGUGCAGCUGGGACGUACGCAUGGAUGGCUCCAGAAGUUAUCAAGUCCUCCCUGUUUUCUAAAGGAAGUGAUAUUUGGAGUUAUGGAGUGUUGCUGUGGGAACUGCUUACAGGAGAAGUUCCUUACCGUGGCAUUGAUGGCCUUGCUGUGGCUUAUGGAGUUGCUGUCAAUAAGCUUACUUUGCCCAUUCCAUCCACUUGUCCUGAACCAUUUGCAAAACUAAUGAAAGAAUGCUGGGAACAGGACCCUCAUAUCCGACCAUCAUUUGCCAUAAUUCUUGAACAGCUUACUGCCAUUGAGGGGGCAGUAAUGACUGAAAUGCCUCAAGAAUCUUUCCAUUCCAUGCAAGACGACUGGAAAUUGGAAAUUCAGCAGAUAUUCAAUGAAUUGAGGACCAAGGAAAAAGAGCUUCGAUCACGAGAAGAAGAGCUGACAAGAGCAGCUCUUCAGCAAAAAUCUCAAGAAGAGCUGCUUAAACGGCGUGAGCAACAGUUAGCAGAACGUGAGAUCGAUGUAUUGGAGCGUGAACUGAACAUCAUGAUAUUCCAGUUAAAUCAAGAGAAACCCAAUGUAAAGAAGAGAAAGGGCAAAUUUAAAAGAAGCCGGUUAAAACUUAAAGAUGGACACAGAAUUAGUUUGCCUUCAGAUUUCCAGCACAAAAUAACAGUGCAGGCAUCUCCUAAUCUGGAUAAAAGGAGGAGUUUAAACAGUAACAGUUCUAGUCCAUCAAGUAGCCCCACAAUAAUUCCUCGUCUUCGAGCCAUACAGUUGAUUCCCAGUACAGAUACACACACAGCUAAUGGCCGAAGAAACAGUGUAUAUGUGUACCAGCAAGAUGUAGAUAUCACAAGUGAAUGUGAACUUCCCAGUGGGGUUAUGAAAAAAGUAACUUCAGAUGAAAGCAACAAAACUUGGGGAAGGAGCACAACUUACCACCAGGAAGAGUUUGAAGAAGUGAAGAAAAAUUUUAAAAAGAGAGGUUGUACAUGGGGACCAAGUUCAAUUCAAACAAAGGAUCGUGCAGAUUGUAAGGACAAAAUAAGACCCCUUUCAGAUGGCAGCAACCCUUGGUCAACACUUGUAAUGAAAAAUCAGAAGGGUGUUCCUCUAGCUUCGCUGUUUGUGGACCAAGAUGUGUGCACUGAUAAGAAACUUCUCCCUGAAAGUUUGGACAGUAAAAGACCAAAGUCAAUUAAGUUGCCAAGUCAGGCCUAUAUUAACCUACCUCUUUGGAAGGAUGAUCAAGGAGAGAAUACAGUAGAACAUGAAAGCUUUGAAGAAGGAACCUCUGCCAGUUCUACAAAUAGUACUCCUCAAAUGACACCUACAAACAGUCUGAGCAGAACACUGCAGAAGAAGAAGACUGAUUCAGUUCUUUAUGGUUGUGCAGUCCUCCUCGCAUCUGUUGCUCUGGGCUUGGAUAUUAGAGAGCUGAACAAAUCACAAGGUCCAGAUGAACUCUUGCCUAAAGAUGAGAAGAAGAAACGUGAUGGAAUAUUUCAGCGUGCUUCAAAAUUUCGCAGGAGUGCGAGCCCUACAAGACUGCAGUCCAAAAAAGAGGAAACGGGUAUUCCAUCCUUAAAUCCAGCAGCAAGUACUGUGAAUCUUCUCUCUAUGCCCUCCAUUUCCACAAAAUGCCUACUUCAGUCUGACAGUGAAGACGCGUUUGUAAGCAGUGUGCUUGGUGAUUGUGAUCCACAUAAUUCUAAUGAGGACUUUUUAUCUUAUGAAACUUAUGAAAAUAAAAGAGAACAGAGAAUACAGAUGGCUCCUAAUACAGUUUCUGCACGAUUAAAAAAUCAGCCUUUUAAUCUGUGUCUGCAACAAGAUUCUCAAAAAGUUCCAAAUGCUUCCUCAGUGAAGACGAGUGUGUUGAGUCAUAGACGAACCUUAUCAGAUGGGAACAAUUUUCACACCACAGCUAAUGGAUUUGCUUCAACCGAUGAUGUCUCCAAGUUGCCCAUUCUUUCAGUUACUGGAGCUCUACAUUCUCCGUCUCUUCAAAGAAGCAGCAACCACUGUGGUAUUUCAAAUGAAAAACAAAGAGCUAUGAAUAUUAUAUCAAGGCCUCGACCUUCUUCUGUUAGAAGUAAAAUUGAUCCAUGGCAGAUUCUUCCGCAUAUUAUGAAACCAAACUCUAAAGACUCCAAAUGCUUAGAGGGCAGUACGGAUCCAGACGUUCACCUCUUGCCAGACACUGAGGAAAGAACUAACUGCCACAUGCCCUCAUUACUUGAUAUUGAUGUGGAAGGUCAAAAUAGAGACUGUACUGUGCCUUUAUGUCGAAUGAAGAGCAAAACAUGCCGGCCGUCUAUAUAUGAACUGGAGAGAGAGUUUUUGUCUUGAGUGCCUUUCAUUUUAAAUAUUUUCUUUUUAAAGGAGAACAAAUAUAAACUUCUUGUCCACCUAAUGCUUUAUGCUGCUGUUUUUUUGAUGUACUGUAACAAAUAGUACCAAAAUUAUUAAAGCGGGCAGCUAAUUAAGGAAGUGUGAUAGGUGCCUUUUUCAAAUGGAAUCCCAGCUAGUACUUCUAGAAGCACAAUACUUCUUAAAGUUCCUGAGCGUAUUUUGAAUGAUUAAAAUAACAUACUCAUCUCCCUCUGCAGCGUUACAUACAUGUUCUAUAAAUUUGAAUUAUUUUUCUGGAAAUCUAACUUUGCACAUUGAAAAACUGAAGGACAUGUGGUAACAUUGUGUUCACUCAAGAAGAGUUUAGCAUAAGGAGUUAUCUGCAGCUAGCUUCUAUAUGCCUUGUAGAAUUAUGAAAGGGGUCAAGGGCUUAAGAUGCUAGUAUAGAAAACUGUUCAGUCCCCAUUAAUGGCUGGUUACAUUUUGGCAUGUUAUACUGAAGUUGGUUAAGGACCAGCAGCUGCAUUUGCAGUCUUUGCCCUUGGUGUUUGAGAGAACUUUCAGCUGUGUGCAUUAGUUUCUUCAGAAAGUUUUACUGCUUAUGUAAACACUUGGGUUUCAGCCACUAUAUUGAUUUGAGAAAGUAAACUUUAAUAUUUUGAUUGGAUUAAAGGUAUUGGACAUGCUUUCUAAUGUGAAACAGCAUUCCUUGUAGGUAAGGAUACACUGGAAUGUAAAUAUUUGUACUCUUAACUUUUUGAAGACUGCAGUGUUUGCACUGAAAAGAAUAUUCUUGGCUUGGAAUUUUUUUUUUCUUUUUUGUAUGAUGGAGAGGAUUAUGCCCUCUAGCCCCUCUUUGUUUUUUGAAAACUCUGCUGCACUUUUUAUUGAGAAAAGAAUUGAUGGGAUUAAGAAUGACUGUUUUUUGGGGGGGGUUUAGGUGAUUCAGCAGUGCGUUCUACUGCGCUCAAAUUUUUGAGCAGCAAAAAGGAAGCAUUUUCAUUAUAUAAUUUCUGAAGCUUUUCUUCCUAAAUUUACUACUGAUAGCCCCCUUAGAAAUUAAAGGGCAAAGAGAUGUGCUUGGCUGCUUUUCAGAGAUACAACAGUUUCAUAAAAUUGCAAAUAGUUAAUUGUGGUGGGAGGCUUAAUCUUGAUUAAAAAAUAACAAUAAAAAACCUUAACAGUUUAUUUACAAUUUCACUAAGCGAAUAAGUAAAACCAAGUGUACAGUCUCUUUUAUUUGAUGAAAGCAUUUCUAGAAUGAAAGGAACAUCCCUCAUAUUCCAAUACUUCAAAUCUUAAUUUGCAUAUCUUUUGACAAAUAGUCUUCAUAAAUAAAAUUGGGUCACAUUAGAGCAACAUUACCAUGUACUCCUCAGAGCAGUACUUUGCUGAGGCUUUUGUUGUUUGUUCUGGGGUCCAAGUGUUCGAGGGUUAAAUAGAAUACACAUUUACUUAAAAGCUUCAAAGCCAGGAGAUUAAAAAAAGGAAAGUUUCUAUUUUAAGGCUGGUAUGCAGUAGGUUGGUUACUUUGAGAAUGGUAGGUAACUAGACAUACAAAAUCAUGAAAUUGAAAUCACAUAGAGCGGAACACAGAUAAAUAUCAUUUCCCAGCUACCUAAGUGAAAGUAGGAAAGGGUUUCCUUCCAAUAGUAUUUUAACUGAAAGUGAAGACAAAUAGAUUAGUUGUCUGUAAAACUACAUGCCUGCAUAGCAGAUUAUUACAUUUUGUUCAAACACUCUUAUUUCAGUAAUCUUAUUUCCUUGUCAACGUUACUCAAGUUACAUGCUGUUCUUUGACUUUUCUUUAAAUUCAGUUUCAUCAGUACACUUCAGUAGAUGAAAUCUAUUCCAGUUCUGAUAAAAAAAAUGUUUUUGUAAAACAGUUGUGUAAUGCACAUGGAUCAAAUCUUGAAUCUAUUUUGCUAGUCCAUUUAUCUUCAGGGCAUAAUUAAAAACCUAGAACAUUAUGUGUAUUUCAACUCUGAUCAAUUACUCUGAUGCAACACUGAGAGCAAAGGAGUUGAUUGUAUUAUAUGUUUCUAAAGAAAGUGUCUCUGUUUUGCUUUCUAAAGGAAAAUCUCAGGUGCUGAACUAAUUUUGACUUACAAACUUCUGUAUUUAAAGGUUUAUAUCACUUGUGGAAUUUUGCACCCUUCAUUUUGUAAUCAGUCAGCUUAAAAUGCUCUUUGUGGGCUAUAUUGUUUUCACUUAUCAGUGGCUUAUCUCAUUGUUAAACAAAGACUUCUAUUUCUGUUCAGUUGAUAAUUUUGCUUGAGAACGGGUCAUAUUAUGACCAGCCCAGUGUAUUAUAAUUAAUUUAGAAGUAUGUAUUCCACCUCUCAAUCUGAGAGGGUUUAGGUAAGCCAGCUUAAUUAAUUUUUCUUUUGUGAUGCAGUCUUUCUAAGCUUUAGUCCAUAGAACUUUAUUCUUGUUUUUGAUAGUUCCAUAGGCCAGUCUUCACUGAAUCUAAAAAAGAGAAAAAGAAAAAUAUUGCAAUCGUGGUUUUGCAGUCUGUUUUACUUGCCACCAGAGAAGCUUUUUAUGAAGUUAGAGCUAUCUGGUAUGCUUUAAGUAAUCUGUCUUGUUUGAAGUUAUAUUUAUUUCAAUGUAGGUUAAUAGUCUGACCAAAUAAUAAAUUAUGUUGAUUGUUUUAGCAUAAAACUGAAGGUGCUCACGCUACAAAGAUUAAGAUAAACACUUGACAUGCUGUUUUACAAAACCUGAUGAUUUAAAUGUUUUUAUUUAAAAAAUAAAUGUUUUGUAGCUACUGGA